AUGGGGAAAUCUUCCAAAGACAAGCGCGACGCCUACUACCGACUCGCCAAGGAGCAGAACUGGCGGGCUCGCUCCGCUUUCAAGCUAAUUCAGAUCGACGAGCGAUUCGACCUUUUCGAGCACGAGAACCCGGACAAUGUGACGCGAGUGGUGGAUCUGUGCGCUGCACCUGGAAGUUGGAGUCAAGUGCUCAGUCGGGUUCUCAUUCAAGGUGAGAGCUUUGGGCGACGGGCGUGGAUCGAAAAGAAGCGCGAAGAGCAGCAGGCAUUCCGCGAAGGCGCAAACGCAAAUAUCGCAGACGGUGGCCAGGCUCGAGAGGCUGGAAGUGAGGGGAGCACACUGGCUACCGAGCUAAAGCCGCGGAAGAACGUCAAGAUCGUCUCUAUCGACCUCCAGCCUAUGGCGCCCCUCGAAGGCAUCACCAUGCUCAAGGCAGAUAUUACACACCCCUCUACCAUCCCUCUUCUUCUGCACGCUCUGGACCCCGAAGCAUACGAAUCGUCUGCCAACACGACUGAUGCCUCAUCUCCUGUCCUCGAGGCAAUCCGCCAACCCCACCUCGUCGACCUAGUCAUCUCCGACGGCGCCCCAGACGUGACGGGACUCCACGACCUUGACAUCUACAUCCAAUCGCAACUCCUCUACGCAGCACUGAACCUGGCACUUGGUGUUCUCCGCCCUGGCGGCAAGUUCGUCGCCAAGAUCUUCCGCGGCCGCGAUGUCGAUCUGCUGUACGCGCAGCUGCGAACCGUUUUCGAGCGUGUCAGCGUCGCCAAGCCGCGGAGCAGUCGCGCAAGUAGCUUGGAGGCCUUCGUGGUCUGCGAGGGGUUUAUCCCGCCGUUCUCGGACAGCGACAUUACUGGAAUGGAGGCACUCAAAAAUCCCAUCUUCGGUGGUGCUGCUCCCCCGACACCGUUGUCGAAUGAUGGCAACGUGGGCAUUGAGGUGCGCGAUGAAGCAGACGAAGACUCGCACGCCCGUCCCGUCCUUGCAGAAGCUUCCACAAAUACCAGUACUCCCCCAUCCAAUCACACCACAGAAGUCCGUCAUCUUCAUCCACCAUCUACCUCUACAGAUCACUCUCCUCCCCAAAAAGCAACGGACAAGUUCGCUCCUGAGAACCGCUGGAUUCCUUCCUUCAUUGCCUGUGGCGAUCUUUCUGCUUGGGAUUCGGACGCUUCUUACGCUCUCCCGCCCGAUCAUGUCAGCCUGGACCCGGUUCAGCCGCCUACAGCGCCUCCGUACCGGAAGGCUCUGGAACUUCGGAAGGAAAAGGGUGGUGCGUACGGGAGGACCAAGCUGGGGAGCGUGGGUCGGGCUUGA